AUGCAAUAUCCGUUUCUAUCUCGAUCACGUGUCACAGGACUGCGAGAAUCACGAGGUGGUGGACUUGGAGAAACAUUUCUGUGUGAUGGACUGCUUGAGUUCACAGACCUUCGAGACAUUGGUGACCUGUCUUGUGAAGCGCUUCGACCACGUGAAGUCGAUCGUCUUUCAUUGUAUCGUGAACCACUACGACUUCGUGUUGAGGAGCGUCGACGUCGUGGUGAGCGUGAACGUGAUCGUGAUCGAGAACUGAAAAAUGUUACUCACUGUCACUAA